GGCGGCGGCGUCUUUUGUGAGUUCAGUGCGUUUAUUGCGGGCCGGGCGCUGGGGGCUCCGGGGAUGGCGGGGGAGUCGCGCGGGAGUGGCCGCGGGGAGCUUCGGCUUCAAGGCCCUGGACGUCCGCGCGCGGAUGCGGGGCUGGGCCGGGUCGUGAAGAUGCCGUGGGCCGCGGAGCCGCGCGGAUUCUGAGCUGUGGGGCGGGCACGGCCUUUCCGGAGGCGCCGCUCCUGGGCGUCCUUUCAGGCGGGCGUGGAGGCGCCGGCCUCGUGCGCGUUUAUCCUCGACCGCGGGCCAGCCCCGUUGCCGAGCCGUGGCCCUAACUAAGGAGCGGCUGCCCUGCUGGACCGCAUCCACCAGCAGCCUGGCUCUGCCGCUAUCGAAGGAGGCUUUUAAAGCGCUGGGGUUACAGAGACCUGGGCUUCCACUGUUCCAUUUUACUAUAUUCUGUUUCCCUGAGAGCGCUGUUUCAGUUAUAUAGCAAGCGUACCUCUGGCCUUAGAUGAUCUUGAAUUCCAAGUUCCUAGCAAGAGAGAGAGAUUUCAUGUGCAGUGUGAAUAUACCAGUUGAAGUACAUUUCUCCCGAAGUCCACAGAUCCUGGUCCCUACAAAUAAGCCUGCUCAUGUGAGAUAAGAAAGGAGUUCCUGGAACCAGGAAUUCAUUCUCAGUGUAGAAGACCUAGCUGAGACCUCACUCCACAGUUUUGGGGCAGAAGCAGAAGAGACGCACAGUAGAACCGAUCUCAGCCUUGCUGAUCAUCUCGUACAGCAGCAGAAAAUGACCAUGUUACAGGAGUCAUUCUCAUUUGACGAUUUAUCUGUGGACUUCACCCAAAAGGAGUGGCAGCUACUGGAUCCCUCUCAGAAGAAUUUAUACAAGGAUGUGAUGUUGGAGAACUAUAGCAGCCUAGUGUCACUGGGGUAUGAAGUUAUGAAACCAGAUGUCAUCUUCAAAUUGGAGCAAGGAGAAGAGCCUUGGGUAGGAGAUGGAGAAAUUCCAAGUUCAGAUUCUCCAGAAGUCUGGAAAGUAGAUGGUAACAUGAUGUGGCACCAGGAUAACCAAGACAAGCUUAAAAUUAUAAAAAGAGGUCAUGAAUGUGAUGCAUUUGGAAAAAAUUUCAAUCUGAACAUGAACUUUGUUCCUUUAAGGAAAUCAAACAAUGAAGGUGACUUAGAUGGAUUGAUUUUAAAACAUCAUUUAGAUUUGCUUAUUCCAAAAGGAGAUUAUGGAAAAGCAGAAUCAGAUGACUUUAAUGUGUUUGAUAAUUUUUUUCUCCAUUCCAAGCCUGAGGAUACUGAUACCUGGUUAAAAUACUAUGACUGUGAUAAAUAUAAAGAGAGCUAUAAAAAGUCACAGAUUAUCAUAUAUCAUAGAAAUCGUUUAGGGGAGAAACUCUAUGAAUGCAGUGAAUGUAGGAAGCGCUUCAGUAAGAAACCAAGUCUCAUUAAACAUCAGAGCAGACAUAUAAGAGACAUAGCCUUUGGCUGUGGUAAUUGUGGCAAAACCUUUCCCCAGAAGUCUCAGUUUAUUACACAUCACAGAACUCAUACAGGAGAAAAACCUUAUAAUUGUAGCCAGUGUGGGAAAGCCUUUUCCCAAAAGUCACAGCUCACAUCCCAUCAGCGGACACAUACAGGAGAGAAACCAUAUGAGUGUGGCGAAUGUGGGAAAGCCUUCUCCCGGAAGUCACAUCUCAUAUCGCAUUGGAGAACACACACAGGAGAGAAACCCUAUGGAUGCAAUGAAUGUGGGAGGGCCUUUAGUGAAAAGUCCAAUCUCAUUAACCAUCAGAGAAUUCAUACUGGCGAGAAGCCUUUUGAAUGCAGGGAAUGUGGGAAAGCCUUCAGCAGGAAGUCACAACUUGUUACACAUCACAGAACUCACACAGGAACAAAACCCUUUGGAUGUAGUGAUUGUAGAAAAGCCUUCUUUGAGAAGUCAGAGCUUAUUAGACAUCAGACAAUUCAUACUGGAGAGAAACCCUAUGAAUGCAGUGAGUGUAGGAAAGCAUUUAGAGAGAGGUCGAGUCUCAUUAAUCAUCAGAGAACACAUACAGGAGAGAAACCUCAUGGAUGCAUUCAGUGUGGGAAGGCCUUCUCCCAGAAGUCACAUCUCAUAUCACAUCAGAUGACACACACGGGAGAAAAACCCUUUAUAUGCAGUAAAUGUGGGAAAGCCUUCAGCAGGAAAUCACAGCUCGUCAGACAUCAGAGAACUCAUACGGGAGAAAAACCAUAUGAAUGCAGUGAGUGUGGGAAAGCUUUCAGUGAAAAAUUAAGUCUCACUAAUCAUCAAAGAAUUCAUACAGGAGAAAAACCAUAUGUAUGCAGUGAAUGUGGGAAAGCCUUUUGUCAGAAGUCACAUCUCAUAUCACAUCAGAGGACACAUACAGGGGAGAAACCCUAUGAAUGCAGUGAAUGUGGGAAGGCCUUUGGUGAGAAGUCAAGUCUUGCAACUCAUCAGAGAACUCAUACUGGAGAAAAACCAUAUGAAUGCAGGGACUGUGAAAAAGCUUUCUCCCAGAAAUCACAGCUAAAUACCCAUCAGAGAAUUCACACUGGAGAGAAACCCUAUGAAUGCAGUCUUUGUAGGAAAGCUUUUUUUGAGAAGUCGGAGCUAAUUAGACAUCUGAGAACUCAUACAGGAGAAAAACCUUAUGAAUGCAAUGAAUGUAGAAAAGCCUUCAGGGAGAAGUCAAGUCUCAUCAAUCAUCAGAGAAUACAUACAGGAGAGAAGCCUUUUGAAUGCAGUGAGUGUGGCAAAGCUUUCUCUCGGAAGUCGCACCUUAUACCACAUCAGAGGACACAUACGGGUGAGAAACCCUAUGGAUGCAGUGAAUGUAGGAAGGCCUUCUCUCAGAAGUCACAGCUGGUUAAUCAUCAGAGAAUUCAUACAGGAGAGAAGCCUUAUCAAUGUAUUGAAUGUGGGAAAGCUUUCUCACAGAAGUCACAGCUCAUCAAUCAUCAGAGAACUCAUAAAGUAAAAAAAUCCUAGGAAUACAGUUAAUAGUAGUCUUUGACAGAUCAUCUUGGACUUCAGGAAUUGCAAUUAUGAUAACGUUUUUAGACAGUCACAUCAUGUUAGGUGUCUGUACUCCAUGAGGAUGAGAACUCUAAAUGAGGUGGUGUGUGGAAAGCUGAUCAUAAUUCAUAAAGAACCUGUGACUGCAGUGGAUCUCAAAAACUUUUAAAACCAUAGUAAAGCCUUAUAGAGUAGAACAUUCACAGCAAAGAAGAAUCCUGUGAAUAUCCAAAAGCCUUCCAGAAGUCAAGUCUCUUAAGCUAUUAGAAAUAUUCCCACUGGGGAUGAGGGAAAACCCCAUGAAUGCAGGAAAUGAGGCAAUAUUUUUAAGAAAUGACAGGUCAUUGUACAUAAGAAAAUGCCCUUAGGAAUGAAGUUCUAUGAAAGUACUAAAUAUGGGACAGUGCAACAAGUAACACAGACUUAUUUUGUAUUUUGGAGAAUUCAUAUUAUGGAGAACCUAACAAUUUAAAGACACUGGGAACACUUGCCCCUCAGUAUAGUAAUGUCAAGGGAAGCCAUACACUUUUUGUAGACAUGGGUACCAAAAAUACCCAAUUCUAAGUGGGUGACAGAUGUUCACUUUGAAGUGUGAAGUUUUAAAAAUAUGUGAAUAAAUUGGUCAUUGAAACAUCUAA